UUAAGUUUUCACUUCGACUUAAAGUAGUUAACUAAGUAAUUUAAUUUAAACGUGCUUAAAAAAACAAUGCCUACUAAAAGGUAGUUUCACAAACAUUGAAUAUCGGGACAUCUUAUUUAUUUGCGGUGUCGCAAAUGGAAACUCACGGGAGGCAGCAAGGGAAAAUGUUCAGACGCUGUGGGGAAACUGGUUCCUUUCGAGAUUUGCGGAUUAGAGAAGGUGGUCAAAAUGGUCAACGCUGGAGACAAGAACCUGCCAUUAUGAAAGCUGUAAGAGAAGAUAGAUCUAGAAGUACUCGCCGCAAUGGUGCUGCAUUAAGGAUUCACCAUUCCACUGUACAUAGAGUUCUUAAAAAAAAUAAUUUGCAUCCGUUUCAUUUGAAAAAAGUCCAGGAGUUAUUGCCAGUGGAUAGUGAGCAUGAUAUAAGGGUCAACGUAUGGAUAGGAUUAAUGAGAGCUCGCCUUUUCGAGCCUGUAAUACUUCCUGAUCGACUCAAUUCCAAUAAGUUUUCAAAUUUAUUAAAUAAUGACCUUGUUGACUUUCUGGAAGAAAUCUCCUUAGCCGCUAAACAGGAACUUUGGUUUCAAAUGGACGGAUGCCCAGCCCAUAAUGGCAGAAUUGUGCAAAAUUCGUUGAAUCAAUGCUUUGGGGAGAAAUGGAUCGGAAGAUACGGUCCGGUAAGAUGGCCGCCCAGAAGCCCUGACCUUACGGCCCUUGACUUUUAUGUCUGGGGCACAUUAAAAUCUAAUGUUUAUAGUAUUAACAUUAAUACUCGAGACGAACUAAUUAAUCGAAUGAGUCUGUUGCAAUGAAAUGCAACGAAAACGCGUUGAACUUGAACAGGUUGUUGAUAGUGUCAGAAGAAGAUGCAUCAAAUGUAUUGAACAAGAGGGAAGACAGUUUGAACAAUUGUUAUAAUUUUAGGUAUG